UCUCUUUAAGACCGAUUUCCCCCCAUUGUCAAACAGUCGUGAGCAGGAAGAGGGAAACGAAAGCACAGACCGAGGGGGGCCCGACGUAUUUAAACACGAUGCUGCUGCCGCACAGUAACGGAGGCUUCACGGGGAGGAGCGCGUCUGCAGCCCGCUCACUGGAAAAGACGCACGCACACGGAGAUCCACGCAAGUGAUCUUUUGACCGGAUUUGUGGUGUUUUUUAAAAUUUUUAAAUAACGGGACUGUUCAACUCAAAGUCGCUGCAGGAUGAUUAAAUAUACUUGAGAUGACAUGGAAGUGUCACCGCGGGUUAUUGGCUCAGGAAAUGAUGACAGUGUCCUCCAUCAUUGCUUAGCUGCUUAGAGCGAAAUUUUCUUGUCUUGCGGCCAUUUCCACGGGACUCAGUUGCUUGUUAAUUCAAAACAGCCUAACCCGGGGUGUAACGGAGGCUGUGGGAGCAGGUGCAGCGCGUCUUCGCUUCAGUCUGCCCGCAGGCUUCACAGGUAGCCGGCUGUGGACUCAUCUGGAUCAGGCUGGACAUCAUAAGUCAGAAAUGACAUCCACUAUAGAGAGGAAGACGCUGGAAGCCAACGAGGAGCCGGUGGACGAGGUCCUUCAGAUGCCACCAUCUCUGCUCACAUGUGGUGGGUGUCAGCAGAGCAUCGGUGACAGAUUCUUCCUAAAGGCCAUCGAGCAGUACUGGCACGAGGAUUGCCUGAGCUGCGACUUGUGUGGCUGCCGACUCGGGGAGGUGGGCCGCCGGCUCUAUUACAAGCUGGGAAGAAAAUUAUGUCGGAGAGAUUACCUCAGGCUUUUCGGUCAGGACGGUCUCUGUGCUUCCUGUGAGAAGAGGAUUCGGGCGUUUGAGAUGACGAUGCGAGUGCGCGACAAGGUGUACCAUCUGGAGUGCUUCAAAUGUGCCGCCUGCCAGAAGCACUUCUGCGUGGGUGACCGCUACCUGCUCAUCAACUCAGACAUUGUGUGUGAGCAGGACAUCUUUGAGUGGACCAAAGUCAACAACAACAUGGUUUAGCAGAAUAUCUUGCUCAAGACGAAGGAGCGUCACCCUGCCUUUUCCCGUCGGCUCUAAAGGGAAUAAAUCAUUGAUAAACAGACGAUUGGUAACAUGUGCAGGCUUUAUCAUGCCUCUGACAUUUACAUGGAAUCAUUUUAACAUAACAGCAAAUGCUACAUCUGCUCCUACGACUGGAGAUUGCACCAGCAAGAACAGAAACCUUUUCAUCAUGUAAAGCUUCGUUCUUAAAAGCAAAAAAUACUUAAACACUGAAAAUACUUAAGAAUGCAAUAAUAGUUGUUCGUUAUACACACUGGGAUUUUUGAACUUCAGCAAUGAACAAAAACAAAAUCUUUUUUCAAGUUUCUUGUAGUCAAAAACUGUUGCAUCACCUCAGUCUGGUCUGAAAUGUUCAAUAAAGAUUUCAGUACGUUAUAUUUUAUGGGUCUGUAAUUUCCUAAGAAGAACUUUGUAAUUUGGUAAUAAUUAUAAGGAAUUGCUCAAUUUAAACGCAAGUAAAUAUAUUCAUAUUAUUCAUUCAUUAUUGAAAGCUUAAUUCCCCACAUGUUAAUUAGUAAGCUUGCCUGUGGACAAAAAUCACCAUUGCAUGUUCAGCUUACCUGCUGCACUUACUGAAGACUUAUACGCUGUUUCUGUUUUCUAUAUGACUAAUAUAACAUUACUAAGACUUGAGGAGGAAAUUACAGACCUGUAAAAUAAGACAUUACCUGACUUUAAUAUUAUGAAUGGAAUACAAUGUCCAUUUUGCAAAGUCCUGAUCAGAAUGAUUGUACUGUAUUGCCAGGUUGAACUGGUGGCGCCCUCUAGUGACGAGGGAACCCAUGCAAUACUAACUUUACUGACUUUUGUAACUGUUACAACUCUCUGGACAUGCACCCAAGUCUUUUUGGAUAUUUACUUGUCAGUUUAUUAAAUAAAUUGCAAUUUAGAGAAACAUUGA